AUGGGGGCGGUGUGCGGUAAAUCAAAGAAGCAGGCGCCCCACCUGAAACUGGCAGGUCAAAUGAGUUUGGCAGCACGAAGUGCUGCAACAAUAGAAGAGUUCAAACCCGGAGACGGCGACGGUGCCUACUUGUUGGAAUCUCAGGAGGAUCACGUUUCUCUGGUGUCUCAAUAUGCACACAAAAAACCUACCGAACAAGGAACCGUGCUUCUCCAGGUGAAGGCCCCUCCCUACAAGCCCAUCCCUGAAAGCCGCUUUAAACUGCAAUCAGGAAAGAGAAUCCUCCGGCAGAAUAUUGAGACUAUGAAAGAUACUCCCGAAGCAAAGGCAAAGUACUGUGAGGCUGUGAUGGAUUUUGUCCGUCUCGCGGCUACGUACAACGGCUUUUUGUGGGCAUCUUCCCACCUGGGCGAAAUCAAGCAGCCCUUCACCAUUCUCUACUUGGAACCCGAACAGAGGACUUUUGCGGAACCAGAACAACCCGACAUAGAAGUCAAAGACACUGUUGCAAUCGGGAAAGAUGCGCUGGAGAAGCAGGAAGAGAAGGCCGCAGAAACCGUUGCUGAAAAGGAAGGAGAGCAGAGUGCGCCCAAAAACGAAUCGCCUGAAUCUGGACACGAUGCUACUGCGCAAAGAAAAAUCCUCGUCCGGUAUUUAGGUCCUGAGUCCAGUGUUCCUCACAGAUUGUUGGCGACUUGUGGCAUCCUCCCUCUGCCACUGGAUAAAGCGAAGGAACUGAUCCAGGAGGGCAAGCGAGUGGACAAUGUCGACGAGAUCAAAACCAUCAUCACGGAAGCAGGUGGCUUCUUUGGAACUCCGGUGGCGUGA